AUGCUCCGACUCUUGCCCGCCCGUUCCUCUAGAGCCUUGGCUACCGCCGCCUCGAAGAGAACCCUCCUCACCGCUGCCGUCCUUCCCCAGCGCACUCUCAUCAACAACUCUUCCUCCUCCGCAGCGCACAUCUCUCUCCACCGCGCUGUCGUUCCCUCCAAGGCCUUCAGAACAAACAUCUAUGCCACUCAGCAACUUCGCACAAUGUUCAUCCAGACUGAUACGACCCCAAACCAGGACUCGCUCAAGUUUAUGCCAGGAGUCGCCGUGAUGCCCAACGGCACGGCCGAGUUUCUGGACGCCCGUAACGCCAUGGGCUCGCCCCUGGCCAAAAAGCUGUUUCAGAUCGACGGUGUCCGUGGCGUCUUCUUUGGACCCGAUUUCUUGACCAUCACGAAGGACCAGGAUGCGAUCUGGCAGUUGAUGAAGCCCGACAUCUACUCGGCCAUCAUGGACUUUUUCGCCUCAGGACAACCUAUCAUCUCAGAGACCGCCGACGGCGAAUCAGGCGCUGCGCUCGACACCAUGAUCCAUGAGGAUGACAGCGAGACCGUCCAGAUGAUCAAGGAGCUGCUCGACACCCGUAUCCGCCCCUCGAUUCAGGACGAUGGUGGAGAUAUUGAGUACCGUGGAUUCGAGAACGGUGUUGUCAAGCUCAAGUUGAAGGGUGCCUGCAGAACCUGUGAUAGCUCGACUGUGACUCUGAAGAACGGAAUCGAGAACAUGUUGAUGCACUAUGUUCCUGAGGUCACUGCUGUCGAGCAGGCAUUCGAUGCCGAGGAGGAGGUAUCCCAGCUCGAGUUUGAAAAGCUUGAGCGUCGCCUCAUGAACCAGUAA